AUGAUAACAAGUUUUGAUUAGUCCACCCGCAAGAGUCGAGCUGACAACAUGAUAUACUUAUUUGCACUGAUAGUGCUCGUGUUGUUGUACAAAUAUACUACAAAGAACCACGAAUACUGGGCGAAACGAAACGUGAAAUAUGAAAAACCGAUCCCGAUCUUUGGAACGGAUUACAGGAAUGUGGUUGGACAAAAAAGUAUAACGGAAAUCUCUACGGAAGUGUACAAGAAAUACCCCAAAGAGCCAGUCGUUGGUCUAUUGAGAGGAACUACUCCAGAACUGGUGGUUCGAGAUCUAGAAAUAGUCAGAAGGAUUCUCAGUGUGGACUUUGCAUACUUUUAUCCUCGAGGACUCGGCAGGAACCCGGAAGUGGAGCCGAUGUUUUAUAAUAUAUUUCAUGCUGAUGGCGAUUUGUGGAAAUUAUUACGUCAACGUUUAACCCCAACUUUCACAACUGCCAAACUAAAGAACAUGUUUCCACUUGUCGUACAAUGUGCAGAGAAAUUGCAGAUAGUCGGGGAAGAGGUCGUCAACCGAGGAGGUGAGUGUGACGUGCGCGACCUCAUGGCGCGCUUCACCAUGGAGUUUAUUGGUGCCUGUGGCUUCGGGAUAGAAAUGGAUACCAUUAAUGACGAAAAUUCUCUCUUCAAAGCGAUGGGUAGCAAAAUGUUUAGACCUUAUUUCAGGAAGUAUCUUAUGAUCGCAAUGUAUGACUUAUUUCCGGAUUUCAGAAUAGUACUCCAGAAAUUACUUCGUGAAUCAGACUUAAUUGAUGCCGUUACAGUGAUUGUUAAAAAUAUCCGCGAACAAAGAAAUUACAAACCAAUUGGACGUAAUGACUUUAUUGAUCUACUUUUGGAACUCGAAGGCAAAGGAAAAAUGACAGGCGAGUCUGUGGAAAGAAGGAACGCGGAUGGGACACCAGAACAGGUAGAAAUGGAAAUGGACCUUACGUGUAUGGCGGCACAGGUGCUAGUGUUUUUUGCUGCGGGCUUUGAGACCUCAUCAUCAGCAACCAGUUUUAUGUUACACCAGAUCGCUUAUCAUCCAGAAGAGCAAGAGAAAAUUCAGGCAGAGAUCGACAGGGUGUUGAGUAAAUACAAUAACAAAUUGUGUUAUGAUUCCAUAUCUGAAAUGACAGCUUUAAGUAAUGGAUUCAAAGAAGCUAUGAGGCUCUUUCCUUCAUUAGGGACUCUCCACAGAGUGUGUGCCAGAAAAUACACCAUACCCGGUUUGAAUGUAACCCUUGAUCCUGGUGUGAAAAUUAUAGUUCCUCUUCAAGCCAUACAAACCGAUGAGAAGUAUUUCGACAAUCCCUCACAGUUCAUACCUGACAGGUUCAACGAUCCCAAUGUAGGAAGACACAAGUACGCGUAUAUGCCGUUUGGUGAGGGACCAAGAGCUUGUAUAGGUAAGUAG